GAAGUCGUGCCGGGCGGCGAGUCGGGCUACGAGCCGUGGUAUCCGAGCAACGUCGCCAUCGAGUCGUUCGUCCAGGAGUUCAUCACCCGCUUCUACCAAAUCUCGGACGACCCCGGCCGAGACGAGGAGUGGGUUAACUGCUUUGACGCGGGCGCGACCGUCAUGAUCGGGAACGAGGUCGCCAGGGGGAAGCAAGAGAUCCGUAAGAUGAGGAAGCGCAUGUGGAAAGACGUCGAGGCGCGCAAGCACCAGGUCGCCGAGGUGUUUCCCGGCAGCUUCUCCGCCGAGGUCGCGGCGAUGCACGAGGCCGAGUACAUGCUGUUUGGGGCUGUUGCGUACAGGAUGAAGGAUGGCAAAGGGGAUGCGGUGGCCAGAUGGGCCGGGCAUGCGCAGCUGAAGAGGGACUCGGUGACGGCGCCGUGGCGCAUGGUGUUCUACCGCGUCUAUCUCCAGCAA